AUGCCGCGCAGAAAGAUCCAGAUGAGCCUCAUCGGCAACGCACGGGACCGCGCGAAGGCCUUCGCGCGGAGGAAGGCGGGGCUCUUGAAGAAGGCGCAACAGCUCGCGAAGCUCUGCGACGUCGACGUCGCGCUCGUCUGCGCCGGCCCCGAUGGCGGCGCGCCGGUCGUGUGGGAGUCCGACCCGGGCGUCGUCAUCGACAGGUACCGCAAGCUGCCGGCGGGCAAGCGGGUGAAGCACACGCACCUCGGCUACAUCAAUGGCCAGCUGGGCAAGGAGGAGGGCAGGCUCGACAAGAGGCGGAGGCAGGGCCUCAAUAAGGCGCUCGCGUGUCCCGGCGAGGCGAUGCUGGAGGGCAUGAACCUGGAGGAGCUGCUCGCGUCCAUCGACGCGGCGCUGCUGGCCACGGCUGAGAGGCGGAAGACGUUGGGCGUCGCCGACGAUGAUGGCCAGCAGCUUGGGCAGGUGUCGUCGGACGCCGCCGUCGUGCCGGUCGUUGGGCAACAAGGGCGUGCUCCGUUCGUCGGCGGUGACGAACUCGACGACAUCCAGGCCUGGGUCUACGAGCUCAUGUGGGACGGCGUCGAGCCGCUCCCGCUCGAUGCCAGCAUGACGACGCAGCCUGCGUCCGGCGUGAUCCAGUACAUCAACGGCGGCAACGACGUGGACAUGGGCAGCAACCAUCAGUGUAAGGCGCAGAUGCUGCCAGGCAAUGGCGAGAACGGCCACGGGCAGUUCCCAUGGCACGCCUACCAGCCGAACACCACCGUCUCUUUCCCUGAUUACGACUUCCAAUGCACUGACAACAACUACGUGGACAUGGACGAGUACUCAGAGAUGCUGAUGCCGAGCAAUGCCAAUGCCGCCUACGACUACGAGUCGUCAUGCGACGCCAUGGCCGGCAAUCCUGUGUACAUGCCACCGCAGCACGAGCACCACAGCAUGGGCAUCGGCAGCUUCAUGGAUGCAGGUGGCCACGAGCACGAGACGGGGUGCUUGGCUGAUUACUUCCAGUGCCCGGACGCCAGCCAGCAUUUUGGAGCCGAGCCGGAACCGCUGCAUUACCUCAGUGAUAUGGCCCAAGGCAUUAGCUACUACGAUGAUCUCGAAGCAGGCGGCUGCAGCUCUGGGAGAGCUCAACUCUUUGCUCAAAGUCACAGCUGCUCUGGGACACCACAGUUUAGUGGUUCAGAGAGGUCCCAGUCAGACGUGGGACAUCAGUAUCAGGAUCCAGGAGUCCAGCAUUUUUGGGCGAUGGAAGGGCCGCCGGGUUCAACUGAUGUCGCCACUGCCAGUGACAGAGCCAGAGGAGGUCUUUACCAACCGUGGAUAUCAGUUUAUCAAUAG